CAAAAACAACCAGAGGCUGCUCUGCUUGAGGGUGAAGCCGCCUCCCAGUUUUCCCUCCCCCUCUGCCCCCACCCCCAUAGUUCUCUCCACCAGGUCCAGUGACAAUUGGAUGAUGCAGCCUUGAUAAUCAUCCGAUUCCAGAAUGGGUGGCUGCAUUCCUUUUCUGAAGGCAGCAAGGGCACUGUGCCCCAGAAUCAUGCCCCCUUUGCUGUUGUUGUCCGCCUUCAUUUUUUUAGUGAGUGUCUUGGGAGGAGCCCCAGGACACAACUCCGACCGCAAGACGAAGAUGGUAUCAAUACACAGCCUCUCCGAGCUGGAGCGUCUGAAGCUGCAAGAGACUGCUUACCACGAACUCGUGGCCAGACAUUUCCUCUCCGAAUUCAAACCUGACAGAGCUCUACCUAUUGACCGUCCGAACACCUUGGAUAAGUGGUUUCUGAUUUUGAGAGGACAACAGAGGGCUGUAUCACUCAAGACAUUUGGCAUUCGCCUGGAAGAGGUCCUGGUGAACGAGUUUACCCGCCGCAAGCAUCUUGAACUGACAGCCGCGAUGCAGGUUGAAGAAGCCACCGGUCAGGCUGCGGGCCGUCGUCGGGGAAACGUGGUGCAAAGGGUGUUUGGCCGCAUCCGGCGCUUUUUCAGUCGCAGGCGGAAUGAGCCCACCUUGCCCCGGGAGUUCACUCGCCGUGGGCGUCGAGGUGCAGUGUCUGUGGAUAGCCUGGCUGAGCUGGAAGACGGAGCCCUGCUGCUGCAGACCCUGCAGCUUUCAAAAAUUUCCUUUCCAAUUGGCCAACGACUUCUGGGAUCCAAAAGGAAGAUGAGUCUCAAUCCGAUUGCGAAACAAAUCCCCCAGGUUGUUGAGGCUUGCUGCCAAUUCAUUGAAAAACAUGGCUUAAGCACGGUGGGGAUUUUUACCCUUGAAUACUCCGUGCAGCGAGUGCGUCAGCUCCGUGAAGAAUUUGAUCAAGGUCUGGAUGUAGUACUGGAUGACAAUCAGAAUGUGCAUGAUGUGGCUGCACUCCUCAAGGAGUUUUUCCGUGACAUGAAGGACUCUCUGCUGCCAGAUGAUCUGUACAUGUCAUUCCUCCUGACAGCAACUUUAAAGCCCCAGGAUCAGCUUUCUGCCCUGCAGUUGCUGGUCUACCUGAUGCCACCCUGCCACAGUGAUACCCUGGAGCGUCUGCUGAAGGCCCUGCAUAAAAUCACUGAGAACUGCGAGGACUCAAUUGGCAUUGAUGGACAGUUGGUCCCAGGCAACCGUAUGACUUCCACUAACUUGGCCUUGGUGUUUGGAUCUGCUCUCCUGAAAAAGGGAAAGUUUGGCAAGAGAGAGUCCAGGAAAACAAAGCUGGGGAUUGAUCACUAUGUUGCUUCUGUCAAUGUGGUCCGCGCCAUGAUUGAUAACUGGGAUGUCCUCUUCCAGGUGCCUCCCCAUAUUCAGAGGCAGGUUGCUAAGCGUGUGUGGAAGUCCAGCCCGGAAGCGCUUGAUUUUAUCAGACGCAGGAACUUGAGGAAGAUCCAGAGUGCACGCAUAAAGAUGGAAGAGGAUGCACUACUUUCUGAUCCAGUGGAAACCUCUGCUGAAGCCCGGGCUGCUGUCCUUGCUCAAAGCAAGCCUUUUGAUGAAGGUUCCUCUGAGGAGCCAGCUGUGCCUCCCAGCACUGCCCAUUCCCAUGACGAUGAGGAAGGAGCGGGUAACCCUCCCAUUCUGGAGCAAGACCGCCCAUUGCUCCGUGUGCCCCGGGAGAAGGAGGCCAAAACUGGCGUCAGCUACUUCUUUCCUUAGAUGUUUUUCCUUCUAUCAGGUGCCAGACAGGGGAAAAGGGUGGGGGUAGAUCUGGGAUGUCACAGGAAACAUUAAGGAGAGAGUUGAAGGUAAAGAUCUGAAGGUAAGAAGGAGUUCCACCUGAUGCUCGGGUCAGGAUGAGAAUUCCAAACACACUGCCAGCCUCUUCACUGGGGAUGCUUGGUCUCUUCUGCUGGUAAAAGCAGAGAUGUUUCUGUGUCAUGCCCAAGCUCCCCGGUGCUACCUUGCCUUUCCUUUUACCCCUGAUCUUGGCUUUCUCUCUCUCUCUGCAGACUUUCCUUUAAUUGAUGUGACAUUUGUGGUAAACACCUUUCCCAGGGAACCUCACAAAUCUUGAGAUGCUUUCCCUUCCCCAAAUGGGAUUGCAUGAUUUCCCUGACUUUCCUACCCUCCUCCAGAGAGCUCAGUUGGAAAGGCCGUCAAGACGCAUGCUAGAAUGUUAGGUCAGCCUACUGACAGCUGACAAACAAUGCGAAAUCAUGUCACACCAGCUCAUAGCCAUGUCCCUGCAGCAACUCCACCACCUUAGGAUUUCCCCCUCCAAAUUAUUCAGACCAAUGGCUCGCCAAAUGGCCUCUCCCAAAAUUCUGUGCAGUUUUGCUCAGGUCACGCCAACAGGGAAACCUCAAGUGUAGAUCUAAUUAGUGUUUCCGGGAUCCAAAGUUAGAGGAAAAAUUAGAUUUUAUUGCCUGGAUCUGCUUUAAAGACAAUUGGUGUUUACACCCUGUUGUCAGCAAAACAGCUAGUUAGAUAAGGACACAUAGUUCCAAGUAGGUAAAGUCACCUGAUUACAAAUGUUCUUAACUAUCGUCUCUGUAAUUCCUUUAUACAGGACAGUACAAAAUUGUGGGACAUGCUCUGGUAACACACAGAUAUGGGUUGCGUAUGACAUCCACAAUUACAGCUGAUAUUAUGGGUAACAACUGCUAAGGUCCAUAGAAUGAAGAAUGUAUUGUAUUGAGGGAUAGAAAUUGAUCAUUUAAUGGAUAACAACUGCUGAGCUCAAAGAUUUGUGAUUGUUAAAACUUCUCUGGCAUUUAAUCAUUAAUAAACAUCUGUAUUGUGACAGCAGCAUA